AUGAGCUACGUCAAAUGGAUAGAAAAAAUCGUAUUCGAAUCCGACAGCGUGCUCGUAGUACCAAAGAUAAACUUCCCGGAUGACAAUUGCAUCAGCAGCACCAUCACGCUGAGCGGCAGAAAAUCACGGACUUUCGCCUUUCCAUGGUUUUGUCAUCUCAACCGCCCAGUUUUAUCCCGCAGGCGUUCCACUGUGGGCUUGGGCAGGAACAGUGGACACACUGAGAUGAUCUACAAUGUGGAGUCCGUGAUCAGGCACCCGGAUUUCGCGAGUCUGUCCGAAAACGACAUUGCCCUGCUCAAGUUGGCAGUUAAAGUGCAGUUUUCCGAUAACAUUAGACCGAUCUGCAUGCCUGGUGAUUCAAAUGAGACGACCACGUUUCAGGAAAAUCAAAUCUGCUUCCGGCAUCCCCAAUUAAUCAGUCCCUUUGUUAGGAAGUUUGCUCACGGGGACGCCUUGAUAUACACUCUCUUUGGGAUGGCCAGCUUCGGGCAUAACGAUCUCCGAGGUCCGGAUGUUUAUACCGAUGUCUUAAGCUAUUCGAAGUGGAUCGAGGGUUUGAUAUGGUAA